AUGCACUGGCCUGCAGCUACCUCUCCUGUCCUGCUCGCCUCACCCAUCAACCCGCACUUGCCCUUUCCUCUCUUCUGUGACCCGGCCCAUGCACAUGCCUGCAGCUACCUCUCUUGCCUGCCGCAAUCCUUUGACUCGCCUCUCUGGUUCGACCAGGCCACGUUGGAGGAGCUGCGAGGCCACGUUGGAGGAGCUGCGAGGCACUCCUCUAGGGCCAACUUGAGGCGUGUGUACGAGGAGCAGGUGGAGCCAAUCUUUGCUGCUGUGAGGGCCAACUUGAGGCGUGUGUACGAGGAGCAGGUGGAGCCAAUCUUUGCUGCUGUGAGGGCCAACUUGAGGCGUGUGUACGAGGAGCAGGUGGAGCCAAUCUUUGCUGCUGUGAGGGCCAACUUGAGGCGUGUGUACGAGGAGCAGGUGGAGCCAAUCUUUGCUGCUGUGAGGGCCAACUUGAGGCGUGUGUACGAGGAGCAGGUGGAGCCAAUCUUUGCUGCUGUGAGGGCCAACUUGAGGCGUGUGUACGAGGAGCAGGUGGAGCCGAUCUUUGCUGCUGUGAGGGCCAACUUGAGGCGUGUGUACGAGGAGCAGGUGGAGCCAAUCUUUGCUGCUGUGAGGGCCAACUUGAGGCGUGUGUACAAGGAGCAGGUGGAGCCGAUCUUUGCUGCUGUGGUGGCCGAAGCAGAGGGGGAGCAGGGGAGUGGCGAUGCCUCCUGCUGCAUCUCCUUGGACGAUUUCCUCUGGGCCAAUUCCAUCUUCUGGUCACGAGCUCUCACCCUCCCUCUCACUCCUUGCCUCUCUGCCUACACCAACGACAUUGCGGCUGAUGCUGAUGCCGGUGCUGCUGUUGCUGAUGCUGAUCGUGCGGCUGACGAUGCUGGUGGUGCCGAUGCUGCGUCCUCUCCAUCACACUGUCUAGAGGCGAUUGUCCCGGGAGUUGACUUCUGCAACCACUCCCUGCUACCCUGUGCUCGGUGGGAGAUCCUCACAGCUGACCAGCUCACCCGCUCUAAUGGGAAGAACGGCAGUGGGGAAGAAGACCGUGGGAAGGGACAAGACACAGGGAGGGGAGAUGGAGCAGUAGCAGGUUCAGCGUCAGUCGCACAGCCACUUCAACAGAUGCCCGAUUCUGAUGCUGUGUGCUUGCUGCAAGUGGUGCCUCCUGUAGGGGGCAACGAGGUUACCAUCAGCUACGGGGAGAAGGGCAACGAGGAGCUUCUGUUUCUCUAUGGCUUUGCCAUUCGCAACAACCCCCACGAGUGCCUUAUGCUCAACUACCCCCCGGCUCAGCUCCAGGAAGACCCAUGCGCCGACACCAAGCUACAGCUCUUGGCCGUGCAGGACCUCUCGCUACAAUGGAUCAUUCCGCGUUCCUCCAAGUAUCCCAACGAUCAUCUUCAAUAUGGUGGUGCUUCAUCUGCCAGGACUAGGAAGGAGCAGGGGCAAGAGGAGAGGCAGAGGCAGGAGGAGACGCAGGGGCAGGAGGACAAGAAGGAUCAGGAGGAAACGCUGGGGCAGGAGGAAAAUCAGGGGCAGGAGGAGAAGUUGGGGCAGGAGAAAAGGCAGGGGCAGCAGGUGCUUCAACAUAAGCAAGUGCAGCACGGGCAGCAGAAUGAGGAGGAGGGUGAGGGGGAGCAGGAGGAGAGUGACCAUGGGGGUGUUUUUCCCCCCGGCAUGAUGGCAGCACUUCGAGUGCUCUCACUCACAGUAGCCCAGGUGGAGGCUGCCACCUCAGCACUUCUGGAGGUACGUGUUGCUGACGUGGAGUACAGCAUGCAUAUGCCACACGCACGGGAUGCAGUGAGGGAGGCAGCAGGGGGAGAUGCACAGGCGCUGCUGCUGUGCUGCAACAGCGACAAAACGACCCAUCACCACCCAUCUACAUCCCUUCCGUUCCUCCCCACAUCACAGCGCAAGGCAGCAUUAGGGGCGGGGUGUCUAAGCCCUGCAGAUGCGGGGGAGGCAGUGAGGGAGGCAGCAAGGGGAGAUGCACAGGCGCUACUGCUGCUACUGCAACAGCGACAAAGCCACCCAUCACCACCCAUCUACAUCCCUUCCCUUCCUCCCUACAUCACAGCAGAAGGCCGCAGCAGGGGCGGAGACUCUGAGCCCAGCCGAUGCCAGGGAGGCAGUGAGAGAGGCAGCUGGGGGGGAUGGACAGGCGCUACUGCUGCUGCAACAGCUGCUGCAGCAACGGUGAGGGCUCGUGGGUCAGGCAUGGAAAGUGGAGGCAUCAGGCAUGAAUCAUGA